AUGUAUCAAGUGCCCACUGCUCCCUUUGGUGAUAAGGCAGGCACCCAUUACAGCACCUCGUCCAGCGUCUACUCGCCGGUGGAAUCAGAGUAUGCGUUCAAUAAUCGCUCGAACCAUCAAAUCGUGGAAGAAGAAGAAGAAUUGGAUGGAAAUGACCUAGCCCAUUCUGACAGCUUCGAAACAAGCCAAUCUAUUCACCCUGAUCUAUCAAAUCAAACGUUCCAGUCGUACAUGACUGCCAACGGCAGCACUCCCAGCUUCUCGUCGAUUCAUAAUUCCCUUUUGAAAAAUGACAGUCAUGAUGAUUUAUCCAUGAAGAAACGUAAUUCAAUUACUUAUAUCAAUCCCAGUAGAUCAAACAAUCGAAAUUCUUAUGUGGUUAAUCUCGAUGACGAUGACGCCACUCCUAAAUUACCCACGUCCUCCACCUAUCCUCAUAUCGAUCGCAUUGACGAUUUCACUCCGGUUAUUGAUCAAAAUAAUCCAGGCGCCUUUUUAAAUGAUUCCUCAAAUCAUUUACCAAAUUCAGACUUCUUAACCCCAAAUGGUAGCAACGAUAAUAUCUCUUCUUCUUCUUCAUUCAAUCGUUUAAGUUCCAAUUUGAAAAAUAAAUCUCCCCAAUUACCUCAUCAAAGAUUAAGUAAUAAAUUUCAACGAUUAUCAAUUACUUUACAAAAUAAAAAUAAAUCAGGAGAUUCUUAUAAUUUCAUGAAUUCUUUCCAACAAAAUGUUGAUAAAGUUAAUGGCUCAAAUCAUAACUCUUCUUUAUCAAUUGCUGGUAGAACUUCAAAUUAUUAUAAUAAAAUUGAAGAAUCUCAACUGUCCACUAAGGAUGUCGAUGAAAUUAAUGAUGAUGAAAAUAAAUCACUUUCAAGUACUAUAAGUAGUAGAUCAAGUGAUAUUGAAAAUGAUACUACUAUCGAAAUUAGUAAACCUUAUAAUAAAAUUACUCCUCUAAAAGUUAUUAAAAAAUCAAGCAUUUCCAAUUUAAACUCAUCAGAUAUACCAAUCAGAAAAGAUUUAGUUAAUAAAUUUAAUAACUUAUCAAUGUCAGAACAAGAAAAAAAUGAUUUAUUCAUUGAAAAUUCAAAAAAUCCUUUAUCUUCAAAAUAUCCAAAUGGCUUAAACAUAAAUUUCACCGAUUCAAAACUUGAUCCUAAAAAUGAAAAUGAUUUACAAAAUGAAUCUAAUAAUACAUUCAAUGACUCAAACACUUAUCGUCAAUCCAUUGCAAGUGAAGCCGAUAGUCUCGAUGAAGAAGAUUUAUCUUCUCUUUUCAUUCGUGCUUUACAUCCUUUUGAUUCAAGUACUUUACAAUCAGAAUCUGAUGCUAGUAUUUGUUUAUCUUUUGAUAAAGAUGAUUUAGCUUUUGUUCAUACCAUUGAUGAAUCUGGUUGGGGUGAAGUCACGUUAGUUGAAUCUUUACAACGAGGUUGGAUUCCAAUGAAUUAUUUUAGUAUUGCAGUAUCUAAUAUCGAUGAUGAAGAUGAAGAAGAAGAUGAUGAUGAAGAUGAAAGUAAAAUUCCAAAUUCAGUUUAUUUAAAACCGCUUCUUCAUUCCUGUGGGAAAUAUUUAAUAAAUCCUUUAUCUCGUCAAACUCCUCGUGGUAAAUAUACUUUUUCAAUUAAAGUUAUUAAUUCUAUUAGAGAUGGGGUUAGAUUAUUAUUACAAGAAACUGAUUGUAUUUCAAGAAAUACUGAAAUUGUUACUAAAAAAAAUAUUGUUCGUAAAUCAAGAAAAUCUUUAUUACAAGAUUGGUUUAAAUUAACUCAAAAUGCCAUGGAAUAUAAAGGUACUUCAAAUUUUAAUAAAAUUGAAAUUUUAACUUUAAUGGUUUAUAGAGUUAUUAGAAAAGCAAUUUCUUUUUUACAAAUAUGGUCAAUUGAAAGUAAAGAAAUUAUUAAACGUGAAAAUGAAAAAAAAUUCCAAAAUGAUAUGACUUAUCCAAUAUUAUCAUCACCACCUUUAGCAAAACAAAGAGUUACCGAAAUUAAUUCAAUUCUUUAUUCUUAUUUAGGUAUGAUUAUUGGUCGUCUUGAUUUAAUUGAACAUAAUACAAAAGGUUGUGAAAUUUUAGAAACUUUAGCAUCUCAUAUUCUUUCCUCUUUAAGAGAAUUAUUAUUUAUUUCAAGAACCGGGUCAGAUUUUUCUCUGGAAAAAAUUAAUUCUUUAGAUGAUUCCUUAGAUGUAUUAUUUUCAUUAUCAAAUGAUUUGGUUUAUGGAGUUAAAUGUUUAAAAAUUAAAACUGAUAAUGAGACUGAUGACGAUAAAAAGCAUCUGUUUAAUAUUAACGGUGGUCAACAAAGUUCUCCUUCAAAAGACUAUUAUUAUACUCAGGAAGGGGGUGAUUUAAUUCAAGUUUCAUCUAAAAUGAUUAAAGCAAUUAGUGGUACUAUUGGUUCAAUUAGAAAAUUAUUAGAACUUACUGGUGAUUUUAAAUUAAGUGCAGCAAGAAGUUACAUUGAUUAUUCUAAAAUUAAAAUUGAACCAGAUGAUUUAAUUAAACAAUGUUCUCUUGCAAUUACUAAAAAUGAAUUUGUUAAAAAUCGUGAUUUAAAAGCUUUAAAACCAAAAGUCCCUAAUCAAAUUAAUCGUUAUUCUGCAGUUAUUUCUGGUCAAACUGGUAAACUUUGUUUAACUCCAAGUGGUGCUAAUUUAUUACAUGAUGCUAUUAUUGGUGAUGUUGAUGGUUCUUCUCCAAUGAAUAUAUCAAAUCCUGAAUUUGAACCAUAUGUUAAUAAUAAUACUUCCCAAAGUAAAUACAAUACUAAUGAUGAAUUAAUUAUUGAUGCAAAUGGUAACUUAUUAGGGGCUUCUUUUAAAGGUUUAGUCUUUACCUUAACUGAUGAAGAUUCACCACCAGAAUACUUUUUCGUUUCAACAUUUUUCAUUUGUUUCAGGAGUUUUGCUAGUGGUAUUGAUUUAAUUGAAGAAUUGAUUUCAAGAUUUGAUAUUAAAUAUACCAAUCAAAAUAAUGAAGAUUUAACUUUUGAAAUUAAAUUGAAAAAUAGAAGAAGAUUAGUAAUUAAAAUGUUCCAAUUAUGGAUGGAAUCUUACUGGAAUCAUGAAUUAGAUUAUUCUUUAUUAACUACCUUAAUGAAUUUUUUCAAUGAAGGUGUGGCAGUUCAUUUACCAUUAGACGCAAUUAGAUUAAUUGAUAUUGCAGCAAAAUUAUCGAGUAAACCAUUAAUUGAAAGUCGUUCAGGAUUUCUUAAUAGACCAGUUAAAACAACUCAACAAUUGAAAAAUCGAAAUAUUACCAUGACCAAAAUUACCAGAAAAAAUUCAGUUGGUAGUUUCAAUGGUUCAAUAUCUGAAUACUCAUUAAAUUCUCGUAAUUCAAUUAUAAAUGGAUUAGAAUUACUGAGGUUUGAUACUAAUAAAUCAACGGUUAAUUCACUAAAAUCAAUGGGAUUACCAAUGAUUGGUAAUCAAAAUAAUAAUCCAUUAAAUGAAACAUCAAUUAAUAAAAGUCAAUUAUAUAAAAUUGAAAGAUCAGUACUUCUAUUUAGAUCAAUUUUAGGAGAACUUUGGUGUGAUGCAAAAUAUGCUCAAAAAAAUUUUAUUAAUUUUAAUUUAGAAACAAUGUUAAUGAAAUGGUAUAAUAUUUGUGAUCAAAGUAUAGAAAUGCCAAAUAAUCGUCCUUACUUAUUUGAUUAUGCACCUUUAGAAAUUGCAAGACAAUUAACUAUCAUUGAAUCGCAUAUUUUCUGUUCAAUAAAACAUGAUGAGUUAUUAAAUGAAAAUUUUACUGCCAAAAGAGCUCAUUUAAAAUUAGCUCCUCAUAUUAGACAAUCAUUAUUAUUUACUAAUUGUUUGUCAUCAUAUGUUUUAGAAUCAAUUUUACAACCAGAUAUUAAUAUGAAAACAAGAAUUAAUGCAAUUAGAACUUGGUUAAAAGUUGCAUAUUCAUGUUUAAAAUUAAGAAAUUUUAAUUCAUUAGCAGCAAUUAUAACAUCUUUACAAUCACAUUUAAUUACAAGAUUAACUAAAGUCUGGCAAGGAUUACCUGAUAAAUAUCAAGAACUCAAUGAAUAUCUAAAAGGCAUCAUUCAUCCAGAAAAAAAUUACAGCGUUUAUCGUGCUGAAUUAAAAAUAUAUUUGGUUUCAAAUGAAUGUAAUGUUCCAGUGGUUCCUUAUUUUUCAUUAUUUUUACAAGAUUUAACUUUUGUCACUGAUGGUAAUCCAAAUUAUAGAAAAGCAAAUACUUUCUUAAAUCAAAAAUUAAUCAAUAUUGAUAAAUACUUAAAAAUUACUAGAAUUAUUGCUGACAUUGAAUCAUUGCAAAUUCCUUAUACCAGCUCUUCCAUUGAUAAUAGUAAAGAUCAAAAAAGAAGUAGUAUUUUCUUUGGAAUGAGUGGUGGUCCAGCUGCUGCUAAACAUGGUGGUCUUGAUGAUUGGCAAAUCACUUCUUUCCCAGCAUUACAAGAAUUAAUCCUAUUGGAUUUAUGGAAAGUCUGUCAAUUGAAUCGUCAAGAAGAUGAUCGUGCUUGGAAACUCAGUUGUCUGGUUCAACCAAGAGAAGCUUAUCAUUAA